AUGACCUUAGAAAAUCAGGUUCUAACAGAAAACAGUGAAAGUGCUAUUGUUGAAACUGUUCAAAAUAAUGACAGUAGCACAACAAAUAAAAAUGAGCCUCUUGAAAAUGAUAUGAAGCCUGAUGUUAAACGUGUUUAUAUCUCUAACUUAAACUUUGAAACCACUGAAGGUGAUUUAUUCGGUUACUUGGAAGACAGUGGUUGUAAAAGUGUUUUGAUCCCAAGCCAAACUGUUCGUGGUUUUAGAACCAAUAAAGUUCGUCCAUUAGGCAUUGCCUAUGCAGAAUUUGAAACUCCCAAACAAGCCAGAGAAGUUGUUGAUAAAUUUAAUGGAGUUGUUUUUAAGGAGCGUGCUUUGAGAUUUAAGCUAUAUUCUCCUUAUUCUCCUGCUGUAGUUACUGAAAAAAUUAGUAAAGCGAAUAAAAAAUCAAGGUUCUCACGUUUAGGUGUUAGCAAUGAUAAAAAAGACAAAAACCAAAUUGUUAAAACGGCAAGCAAUAAAAAAGACAAAAGAAUGAAUUUGUUAUCUGAUUCAGCCCAAAAAGAGGGUGAAGGAGAAAACAAGCAACUACAACAGCAGGAUCCAGACAAGCCAGGUACUACGGAAAUACCUAAUUCUACAGAAGAUUCCAAGGGAGAAAAUAAGGAAGUUUCCAAAGAUACGGUUUAUUGUGCCUAUCUACCACCAAAAGCUACAGACGUUGAGCUAAGAGAAUACUUCCAAAAAUAUGGCCCAACUGAUGUGUAUGUAUUCAAAAAUCGUUAUUAUAGAAGAGGUUUGCAUUUCCAUCGUUAUGUUUUAGCAGCUUUGGUUACCUUGACAGGCGAAGAUAGCGCAUCCAAAGCCAGCGAGGAAUUGAAAAACACUAAAUUUAUGAACAAAUCCAUUGUGAUUAAACCCUCCUAUUUGGAAAAAAUUAAAGAAGUUCAGAAAGCAGCUGCUUUUAAAAGUAAUCCUUCCAGUUCGUUGCCACAAGAUGAAGUACAAGAAUAA